UUUUAUAGGGCGUGUUUUCAUUAUUCACUGCUAAUCAGACAGUCAUCACCUGCUUCCCUCCAAUCUCAUGGGUGCAAUGGUGUCUCAUCUACAGUGCGCACUAAUAUUACACUAAACAAGGACACCGACUGCCACACUCAUCCCGAACGAGCCUCUCUAUUUGUAGGCUACUACACGAAUACAACAUUGAGAAAAGGAGUUCGGACCCUAAACAAAAGAAAGUAGAAAAGCCUCCGUGCAUCCUCAAGGAGAGAGCGAACCCAGCCAGCACCGUGCUUGGGAUGGUGGGGUUCGCCUUUUUUCCUCUUAUCAAAGGGAAACCGGAACGACCUCUGGGUUUGACAUUCUGGAGACAGAGAAUCCACGCGAAGUACGCAUUUUGCUCCAAAAAGUGCUUUAAAUUGGCAAGUGGGCGAGAAUGAGUGAGACAAAGGGCUCUACCCAUCGACAGUUAUUCUGGGGCACCGCAUAGCUUUCGAGUGUUGGAAAGAAACGCUGCGCUCUGGACAAUAUCGUUCCCAUUUCCAGCAAGAAAUAUGGUGCGCUAUUUUAUCUUUUUCCCUACCGUUUGGACAUCCAGAGAACUGCCGGAGAGUUGCAGGUGACAAAUGAAUAUUUUGAAUUGGAUAAAUAAGUGGCGCGCGCCUGUCUCGCGCAGGUGGAUCUAAACGAAGAGGUGCCGUGCAACGCGAAAAGAAAACGCUUAAAACUGGGCAUUUGAUCAUUUUGUAUUCGAUUACUCUUGUGUGUGUGUGCGUGUGGUUUUUUUAUUCAAUCUCGUCACUUGUAAAUAGACACGAGUGAGAUACAGCUACUCUUUUGACGGUCUAACGCGAGGAUUUCCCCCCUGGACUACAGUUAAUGAUUUUACUCAUCACUUUCACUCGAAAGCCAGUUGUGGCGUGGACAGUCAUCAUCAUAUCGAUUCUCGUCGAGUGAAAGCAUGCCCGAAGACUCCGCGGCCAAAGCCCUCUACAUGGGCAUGGAGGUGGUGAUCGCCGUGUCUUCUGUCAUAGGAAACGUGAUGGUGGUUUGGGCGGUCAAAAUUAACAAAUCUCUGAGAGAUACUACGUUUUGUUUCAUUGUUUCUCUGGCACUCGCCGACAUCGCGGUAGGAGCGCUUGUUAUACCCUUGGCGAUAACGAUAAGUAUCGGACUUCAGACUCACUUCUACAGUUGCUUGCUGGUGGCUUGCACAGUGCUGGUUUUGACCCAAAGUUCUAUCCUUGCAUUGCUCGCAAUAGCCAUGGACCGAUACCUUAGAGUCAAGAUCCCAACCAGUUACAAGCGUGUGGUCACUCCAAAGCGAGCCGGAAUAGCAGUUUUUGUUUGCUGGAUGGUGGCCUUCAUAGUCGGCUUGACUCCCAUGCUGGGCUGGAACAAUUUAAGCAACCUGCAACGUAAAAACGCCUCGCUCGGCCCUGACCUCAUCAUCACCUGCCAAUUCGAGAACGUCAUCAGCAUGGAGUACAUGGUCUACUUCAACUUCUUCGGUUGGGUGCUGCCCCCUCUGCUUUUCAUGCUGAUCAUUUACUCUGAAAUCUUCUACAUGAUCCACAAGCAUCUGAAUAAGAAGGUGACCAGCCACGCCGAACCAAACAAGUAUUACGACAAAGAACUGAAGCUGGCAAAGUCUCUGGCUUUAGUGCUUUUUCUGUUCGCGGUUAGCUGGCUUCCUCUCCACAUCAUGAACUGCAUCACACUCUUCUGUCCAAAGUGUGAGAAGCCCAUGUUCCUCAUUUACAUCGCCAUUCUGCUCACGCACGGUAACUCUGCCGUCAACCCCAUCGUUUACGCUUUCCGCAUCAAGAAGUUCCGCACGGCAUUCCAGAGGAUCUGGAAGCAGUACUUCUGCUGCAAGGAUGCCCCGCCUCCUGAGAGCUAUCCGAGCGAGAGACUGGAUAACAACCACUACAUCGCCGCCGCUCCUCCUGAACUUCAUUUGGAACAUAACGUCUGACCGACGUCCCAGCAUUCUCGAGGAGGCCAUAUGGGUUCUGCUGGCUGGAUGUCCAGUGGUGUCAAGACCUGGUUUGUUUGUUUUAAAUGUGAGGGUGUGGUUGAGAUUUGUCCCUUUAUUGGAAUUAUGGGCCAGCAUUGAUUUAAGACUACAAAGGGCCAGAGAAGUGAGUUUAGGUCACUUCGAAGAGAAUGUUCAAGAAGGGAACCUACAGGAAAUCUAGCUUUAUGAAGCAGCCUUGAACAAACUUUUUUAAGUAUUGCACAAAUGAGGUAUCCAACAUGAUGUGAUGUUAUCUCUAUUAUAAAACAUCACAAAGAACAUGGUUAAUAUGGAAAGAUCACCAGAAAUCACUACUUUUCUUUGAAUGUACUGUAUGCAGUACAGUACAGAAAUGACAGCACACUCUCAGGUUCUUGGACAUUCUGCUUGUAUUUUGAACCUUUGUGCACAAUUCCAGGAAGAGGAUGUCAUAAACAGUGACAAGAAAGAGGUGGUACAAAAGUUUUACAUGUAUUUCGUUCUCUUCUUGGUUUAAGGGGUGUCUCAGCACAGGUUAUUGUGGUGAAAAACAAAUAUGCUCCAGGCAGCUGAAACUGCAUUUUACUCACAGUCGCAGUGAGGUUCUUUUACCUUUUAGCAAAACUGUGCGUAGUGUGUGAGCGAUUGAAUGCAUGUCGCAGAAUGACUGGACCUGUCCUAUUUAUCCUUUUAAAUGUGGUGACAAGAAACCAAGAGGAACUUGCAGCUGCCAACGUAUUUAGCAAUGUAUUAAAUCCUGUACUAUUUGAAAGUUUUCAGGGUUAAAAAAUGAUCAAUGAUCAUGAUGUUAAACCAUACAGUAUUAUAGUAAUUUUGGGUAUUUACGCAUACACGCAAAAGACUGGCAUGAGUAUGUUACACUACUGCUAAAUACUGAAUGCUUUUUUGUGUAGUUCACACAAAAUAUGAAAAAGCUGUCAUUAUUAACUAAACCUCAUUUGGUUUUAAACCCAUGCAAAUUUCUUGUAAGAAAAAGAAGGAUAUUUUAGGCAGAAUGUACGUAAUGCUCUUUUUAUCCUGUGAAAGCGUACAGGGACCAGAAGCUGUCCACCUCUUUGUAAUGUUUUGCAGCAUCUAUUGACAAAAAUGCAAUAUAACAUACACAGCGAUGUCUUCAGACCUUACAUAAUGAAGCGUUAUCUCUUUAUCACCUUAGAAUGAGUUAUUUCUAUUUACAUACACCACGGGUCCCCCUGCAUGGAAUCCGCCAUGUUGUUUCUACAGUAGCCCUAAUCAGACAAACUGCUCUAGAAGAGCGCAUUUCGUAAGUACGUUAUCUGAUUCGGGAAAUAAGCGAAAAUAUGAUGACAUCUUAGUGCUGUGUCAUCCUCCAUAGUGGUUGCUAAAUUUCAUACACUGGACCUUUAAAUUUGAAAUAAUAUGAUGGUAAAUUAAAAGUGACAUAUUUUGGGGGGGGUGAUAAUCCUUUAAAAAUGAAGUGUAAUGAGUUCUUGGAAAUUUUCCCUGAAAAGUAUAAACACCGUGGAUUUGUGGCACUAUCAAAGCAUUCAAUUUGUCUGACCGACGGCAGAUGUUCGGGAUGUUUUAAUACAGGUAAAAGUCAUUUUUUUGCAAUUCUGUUUGAUGACUCAAGUGAUGCAGAAAACAUUACACACUUCAGCUUUACCAUCUGUCUGUCACAACUGAUCUCACAUGUGGAUGUACUACCUGUUCUCUACCUAAUGGCAUCCAAACCGAACAUGUAUUUAAUCUGUACAUAACAAUGUAAUGCACUAUAUGAAUACAGUAUGUUCAUAAUUGUUAAACAAACAGUUGUGGAAUUACAAUCAUUUGUACAUGAAGGAUUUCUGAGUAAAUGGGAUUAAU